AUGAGAAGCAAUAAUGCUUCAUAGCAUAUUUCUGAAAAUAAUGCUCUUGUUUAAUUUCAUAUUAACCAUAAAAAUAUAGAGUAAGAUGAAAAUCUUAUAAUGUUUGAUUCUGGUAAUUCAGUUCAAAUAAAGUAAUCUCAAAAUCAAGAUGAGCCUAAGGCAAACAACGCUGGAAUAUAUAGUUUAGUUUACAAAAAAGAUAUUGUUAGCAACGAAAAUCGGUCAAUGAAUUCUUAAAGAGACUAGGCGAAGGAAGUUUUUGAAGUUAUUAUUGAUAAUGACUCAAAUACAAAUGAAAGAAAUAGUCGUAUGGAGUUAAAGAAUGGGAACAACCAUCUUUAAAAUCCUCAUGUCAAUAUACAUAGGGCAUCAACUAAAAAAAAGAGCAACAUUCAUUUUCAUGCUGGUGGACAUAAGCAUGAAGGAUUUGAUCCUUUUAAAAUUCCUUGUGAUUGGGAAAAAGCUAAGUUGCAUGCUUAAUCUAGAGAAACAAAACCUGAAUUAGAUUCUGAAGAAGUACUCUCACCAGAUGGCUAAUAAGCUGAGAAAAAAAUGUAAGAGGUUUGUGACUGCUGUGGUUAUGAGUUAAAAAGGAAAGAAAUAGGUCUUAAUGUAGAUACUAUGGAGUUAGGUUUUAUGGGAUCAGGUUUCCCACUGUAUUUUAACUAUAUCAAAUAUUGCUGCCUUAUGCUUUUUUUCCUAUUUUGCAUUUAAGGAAUCCCAAACCUAGUCUACAAUAUUCAAGGUGAAUUUUGCCAUUCUGACCCUGUUGAAGUCUUCGCUGCUAUUGAAGAAAACCAUGAUCAUCAUUAAGCCUACUUUUUAAUCCCUUGUCCUGAUACAAAUUUAAAUAAGAUUUCGAUGGCUAAUGUUUUAGAUAAAAUGUACAGAGAAACAAAUUACGACUUUCACUUUUCUAUUGCAGCAGUCAUAGUGUAGUUAUUACUGAAUAUUUUAUUCAGAAGAAGCCAGAGAAAAAUAGAAUAAGAUGUUGAUAUUGCCUGCAGCACACCUUCUGAUUACACAAUUAUGGUUCAAAAUAUAAGUUAGAAUAUAACUAAUAUAAAAGAAACCUUGAAGGAAAUAUUUGAGUAAUAUGGUACAGUAGAAAAAAUAAAUUUGGUUUAUGAUAUCACAGACCUCGAGCAUAUAGAAACAUAAAUUAAAAAAAAGGUACAGUAGAAACAGAAAAUAAUUGAUAAGAUUUAAAGUUUUGAUCCUAAUAAUAAAGAAAUUUAAGAAAUUGAUCAUCAAAUAGAAAAGUUGGAAGAAGAAGUUCAUUAAAUGCAAAUAUAAAUGUAGGCUGACAAUAAAAGAUUUGUAGGAACAGCAUUUAUAAGUUUUUCAAGAGAAGAAGAAAAGUAAAAAGCAAUUAAAUCAAACCCAUAAGAUGGAUGGAAAAGAUUUAAAGACUACUUUAAAGAUGGUAAAUCAUAACAUUCAAAAAAAGACUAGCUUUAUUUAGAUGGAAGAUAUUUAUAUAUAUCAGAAGCUCCUGAGCCAAAUGACGUCGAUUGGGAGUUUGCCCAUGUAAAAACAGUAGAAAAAAUUAAAGUUAGAACAAUUGCAUUUUUUAAAUGGUUGAUUUUAACACUUGCAUCUUUUGUUGUUAUAGCUCUUAUAUCUUAUCUCUAAAGUAAUACCAUAGAUCAUAUUUUGAAAUAAGAGCAUGAUAUUGCAAUCGAAAGCGAAGGAAGAGAAAUGACUGAAGAAGAGUAGCAUCAUUACGAUGAUCUCUAAUCUCAAAAAACUUCUGUCACAGUUUUAUCAUUUGUUAUUUCCAGUAUUAUAGUCAUUUGGAAUAAAUUUUUCUUGCCUUUUAUAAUCCAUAAGAUUUGUGAUCACGAAAAAUGGGCUACUAAGACAAGUCUAAACGUAUCCUUUGCAUACAAGUUAACUAUUGGUCUUUUCUUCAAUACCGCUCUCAUCACAUUCUUUGUUGAAAUUAUUUUCUUCUAAAAUAUUUACGCACUAGCUGGAGGUAUGAUAUACAAUGAAUUCUUGAUUUUUAUCAUAAACGCCGUUGUUCCAGCAUUAGCAUGGAUUAUUGAUCCUUGGAAAAUUUGGUAAGAUUUUAAAAGAAAUAGAUAAAUAAAGAAGAAAGUCUGUUCUUUAACUUAAUAAGAAGCUAACUCAUUAAUGGAACAUCCUAGCUACACUCAAGGUAAAAGAUAUGCCGAUAUUAUGAAAACUAUGUGGUUCACUUUCUUUUAUUCACCAAUCAUACCCAUAGGAACUGUUAUUUCUCUAGGUGGUUUGAUUGCUUACUAUAUCACUGAUAAAUACAACCUUAUUUUUAGAAGAACUGUAAAAGAAUCUAUAUCUUCAAGACUUUCAAUGUAAAUGAUUGAACUCGUUGAACUUUCUAUCAUUUUCCAUACAUUUGGAUAAGUUUUUUUCAAAUGGUUUAUGAGCUAUUACAUUGAUGUUGGAAAUUUCUUUUUAUUUAUUGCUGUCUGCAUAGUUGUAGUCAUUAUUCCUAUGGAUAAAAUAAACGAGUUUUUAUUCCCUCUUGGAGACUCAGAUGAAGAGAAGACAUACAAAGAAGUUCAUUUAGAUUUUGAUACCGAUUAUGAUAGAGAAAAUCCUGUUACAAGAAAAGAAAGUUUAAUACACUUUUAGAAUCUAAGAAAUGGUAUUAUUACAGUUGUAGAUGCAUAUAAAGCCGCAUAAAAUAUGGUAUAAUUUGCUCAUCACCAUAGAGCAAGUCCAAUGCACUAAGAUGAUAAACUUGUGUAAGAACUUUAAAGCAUGCAAAAAGACAGUAGCAAAAACAAUAAUUAGAACGCUGAUAAUAUCUAAAAUAACUAAACUAAAUCUAAUACUCAGAAUGUUCUAAGCAACGGAGAAAUUUAAGUUUGA